AUGGAGAGCGGACUGUGGGCCUUGAGGCCAACAUCAGCAUUUCAUUCUUUCGACUUGGAGACUGGACGGAGCUUUUGGUUCACAAUCAAAGCUGACAAAACUAUUCGCGAAAGAAUCAUAGAUGGAGCUAAGACCUUUGACGCCUUGCACCCUACCAAUCUUGCAGACGUCGAGGGAGGCUUCAAAUCUUCGCUCGCAACCCAUUUACUCCAUCUGGAAUGGUGUACGGAAGGCUGGAGGUGGUACGUUGACGAAAAAGAGGCCGGAAUUGAAAAGAUCCUCAGGCGAGUCAAGUCAGCUCCUGUUGAGCAGUCACGCCGUACGGAGCUCACCAACCACCAGGUGGCUGUCUUUUCAGACGAAGCCGCGCCGAUACCUGGAAAGCCUCUUGUUCGAACAUCAACACUGUCUCGUGUUGGCUCGAAGAUCACACACACACUCCGACAAGUAAGCUGGGCUCCGAACGAUCCAGGUGAUGAAGGGACGCACCCCAAGCUUAGGCGUGGUAACACCCGCGUGGAGGUGAAGCAAGCAAUAGAGGAACAUGAAGCUCUGGCGCAGAGUCUGGAGAAGAUGAAUGAAGUUAUGAGAUUAUUCUCCCUGUCAGAGCUGCAGAGGCUCACGUCAAGCGUCUUUGAGCUUCAGGAAGCCAAACUUGCGAUGACCCUCAACAUCGAAGUUAUGAACGGGUUGAAAGAGACUUACGAGUGUCUUUUGAGCUCGACAGACUGCCCCGAAGUCAUCAUUUUGGAAUGCGGCAGAAACAUCUCCGACUUCAAGCGGCGCAUCACAGGGCUUCAGAGAAUGAUGACUGUAGAGUGUCUUCGCGUCGAUACGUUGAUCGACCACUUAAGCGAAGCAAAAAACUUGUUUCGCAACACCGAAAUCAACCGGCAAAAUGCCAUCAAUGCUCGCAUUUCAGCAUUGAGGGUGGAGACGGUAACUGACGACAUGCAUGACAUAGCCAAGAAGACGGAGAGAGACACAUCAUCGAUGCACGUCAUUACGUUCUUCACACUGGUGUUUUUGCCCGGUACCUUCCUCGGUCACGCCAAUAUUUGA